AAAUAAAAACAUUUGAAUUGCUUAAUAGAGUUCAUAAAAAAAUAUUAAAACUAUGGGUAGUACGAAAACUUUGGUGACUUGUUUCCUUGUAAUAAUACUCGCAAUUUCGUUGUCUAAGCACACUGUUUGGGCUUCAGCGAUAGGGACCAAAAAAUUCUCAAUUGAUCACUGCGAUACUCGGUGUUAUGGAGGGGAUGAAUGUAAGAACUACUGUAUUAAAGCUGGGUUUAAAGGUGGAGAGUGUGGUUCUCUUUGUAUUCCAUGUCCCUUUAAAUGUUGUUGCCAAAACUAGUAAGAGCAUCACCAAUGGUGAAAAAUUGUUUUGGGUCUUUAAUGAAUAAAAUACUGAUAUUUCUAAUAUUA